UUCGAGUCUUGUGACAGUGCAGCGAGCAGGAAAAAGCGUCGCGUCGAGUUUGAGAAGGAGUUUCCGUCGUUAAGUCAUCAAGGUUUCUCUCACAGACGAGAGAAAUCAAGAAAAGUUCGCCAUGGCGCAUCUUUAGGACAUCUGACCGAUAUAAUAACAUCCCUGUCCCUCACACAGACGCCGUAAGAGCGGGUUGAAGUCGCAUGGGGAGGGCGGAGGAACUUUCAUCCGAUCUUUGUUUUGGUUUUUGUUUGUGUUAGUCCUGUGAGCAUCCACGUUAAAGCAGCUCGAGAAGAUUUCAUGUUAGUUUGGUGAAGUGGACAGGACGCCUCGGACCGAACAUGGACGCUAAACCUCUUCUCCAGGACAGACCUCCAGCGUACAACGCAGUCCCGGCCGCGUACGACUACGGCUCGAUCCCCGCCGCUGCUGCACCCGCCGCCGGCUUCCAGCCACAGGCUCCGCCGCCGUAUCAAGGUUUCCCAGCAGCGCCUGUCGCCGUAGCCGCCCAGCCGGCCUACACCAACACCUACACCAUCGUCCAGCCCUCUGUGGUGGUGGUGGGGGGAUGUCCCGCCUGCAGGGUCGGCGUGCUGGAGGAUGACUUCACCUGUCUGGGAAUCUUGUGUGCCAUAUUCUUCUUUCCUCUGGGAAUCCUCUUCUGCCUGGCCCUGCGUCAGAGGAGAUGUCCAAACUGUGGAGCCACUUUCGGCUAGAGGGACCAAAACCCCAUCCAUGUCUUUUAUUUUGUUGAAAAAAAAAAAAUCAGUUUUAAGCAUCAGCAUAGUUUAUUCCUAAUCAACCGCACAUCAGUGCCAAACGUCGCUUACGUAACUGCGAUAUAUGACAGAUCACAAUAGUAACCAGCCACAAACUCUUUGAUUACUUUAAGAGGGUGCAUGUGACGAGCUGGCCGUGGUUUUAUUUUUUACAUGCCUCGCAAGCACUAUUUGCCAUUUUUGUUGUAGUUGUUGUUCUUUAUAUAAGAUCUUAAAGCCAGUCUCCAGUCGUCUAAUCACUAGUGCCUUUAUGAUGGCAGAGAAAUCAUGAACUGAUCCGGGCCGGGACUCACUGAGGGGAAAUCCCCCACACGACUCUGGACUAACGCCGACUCACUUUGAAACAUUCGAUUCGCCUCACUCAUGUAUUUUCACUUCCCUCACGUCUGGGGGUAAGCAUCACUGAUGUUUCUGUUUUUUGUUGUCGUCUAUAACAUGCUCCCUAAUCAGUCACCUCUCAGUUCAGAUCAAAAUGCAUCUUCUGUAUUCAUUUGUUGUGCUCGAUUUAAAAACAAACGGUGUUAUUUGUAUAUUUUGGAUUUAUGGAUUCUGUUCUAAACCACAUUCUUUCUCGAUUAUUUUGGGGUCCAUGUUUCCAUCGAUUGAGGUUAUAUGUGCUGGGUUUUCUGAAAGCAUCUUAGGGUAAAUAUGCUGGACCUCAGCCAUCUCCAGGUUAAACUAAAAACCUGCAAUAAACAAGGGAAGUUGGCAUCUAGGCAAUGUAAUAAACUCUUUGACAAUAGAAUAGUGUUUCUUUCAGUGAGCGACAAUCAGUCUCGCACACACCUGGUGUGAUUUCUUUCAUGAUGUGCUCAUGCCAUACACUAGACGCGCUGUUAGGAUCAGUUUUCUACAUUUAAUAAGAUUGUAAAUAAAGAGCAAAACUUGUAGAAUUUGUGUCGUUUGCUUAUACGGGAUGUUCUAGAAACGUCAGUGCAUUAGCAUAUUUUGAACUUCCUCUUCAAACUUAUCUGAUCUUAUCUAGUGUGAAUUUAUUUUAAUUUUCAGUUGAUCAAAAGUGACGGUAAACAUUUAUGUUACGAUUUCAAAUAAACUCUGUUCUUCAUUCAUAUUCUA